AUGCAUGAUUCGUGUAACGCUAAACCCUUGUUCCAAGUCUCAAUACUCUUACAACGAAAGUACAAAGUGACAUGGAAAGACUCUAGAUCAGGAGAGUUGCUGCUAGAAAAUGAACACCCAUCUUGCCCGGACUCACACAGGUCAUGCCUAGUUCCUCCUCAACUUGUUUCGUUACCUGAUUCUUGCACUAGUUAUAUGUGCGGCAUUGUCUCCGAUAUGCUUAAUCUUGAUGAUGUUUCUUUAUGCCAUGAUGUUGCCUCGAACAUUGGUUCUUUUGUUAGUGAUUUUGCUAAGGAACGAGCUGGUCGUCAAGGGUUUUGCGUGUCGGCUCAUGUAGUGAUUGUCGAGGAUUAUGUUGAGGAAGUGAACUUGGACGGGAUAAACGUGCCAAUAUUUGAUUUUGAUGAAGAAGAUCAUGCGGUUGUGUCAAGAGGUGCAUCAAUAUCAACGUUGAACAAGUUGAAGAAAGAGAGGUUUUACAUGAAGGAGACGCAGGACGUCGAUGGUGAUGAAUCUUGUUGUGAUUCUUGUGUGGUUUGCUUGGAAAGAUUUUCUGCUAGGGUUGGACUUACAAGUUUACCUUGCAAACACAUAUUUCAUGAACAAUGCAUCUUCGACUGGUUGAAGAAGUCCACAUCAUGCCCCCUUUGUCGAUACGAGGUAGCAUAG